UCAGUGAAACUUCGUUCGUCGUCGUAAGCGCCUCGGUUUGGCACGGUGGCGUGCGAAGCGAAGCUUCGGCAAAGUGUCCGUAGGAACGUUAACGAUUGCCGAACGCAGUCGCGUUCGCGCGUACCGUAUACGCGUUGGGAUUACGUUCUGUUGUCAAAGAAGAAGAAAGGAAGGAGAAGAAAGACGAGAGAUAUGUAUUCUCCCGUGGUUCAUCGUCGUAGGAAGUUCGAUAGCGGGAAGAUGUCGUCGAGUAGAUAAUCGUCGUUCGAGAGCAGCCUACGGGCGAGUCUCUUGAAGGCUUCGAAGGAAACGAAAUAAAGAAAGAGAGAGAGAGAGAGAGAGAGAGAAACUUGGCACUGCGUUCGAAAAUACAUAUACAUAUACAUACACACACACACAUAUAUAUAUGAUAGACAGAAAGAGAGAGAGAGAGAGAGAGAGUAUAGUCGUAUACAUGAGCAUAUAUAUUAUAUCGUAUUUUGCAUCCUUCUCUUUCUCUCUCUUGCGGGAUUUGUCCCUCUACCGCCAACGUCGACACACCGCCAGGACGUUUAUCACCGUUCGUCGUUGCAAUCGUCAACGUUCUAACCGUAAUCACGGAAACGGUAGUAAUAGUUAAAAAGAAGAAGAAGAAAAAGAGUAAAAGGGAGGAAGAGAAAAAGAGAGGAAGGAAAAGGUGACAGUGCCAACGUCGUUGGAAUUUAUGGUGCGCCUGCGAGAGACUGUGAAGUGAAAGAAAGAUAGAAAAAGAGAGAGAGAGAGAGAAAGAGAGAGAGAGAGAGAGGGAGAGAGGGAUAUAUCGGUGACGGGUGUGUGUGCGCGAGAAACGAGACAUACGGUGCUAGAGAAGGCACGAAGAAGAAAUCUAUCGGUGCUUGUGCUUUAGUAAACGUCGUUUCGAUCGUAGUUGGUUGUGACAGUUCUCGCGUUGUCCCGUUCAAAAAGUGUUCUCAUGUGUAUAUCUCCCUUAAAGCUUAAGAAAGAUAGAAGAUAAGAGAAGGAACGACAACAUAAUAACAACAAUAACAACAACAAGAAAAAAUAGAAAAAAUGCCGGGCCUAAUCGCGGUGAGCGAGUUCGUCGAGGAAACGAGGGAGGACUAUAACUCGCCCACUACGUCGACCUUCGUUUCUCGAAUGCCACAAUGCAGGCAGACCAUCACAUCCCUCGAAGAGACUCUGGACUUCGACAGAGAUGGUCUCACCAAACUAAAGAAGGCCAUCAAGGCAAUUCACAAUUCUGGAAACGCCCACGUCGAUAACGAAGUUUAUCUCGGAAGAGCCCUUGAAAGACUCGGCGAUGCUGCCCUUAAGGAACAAGAGCCGGAUAUAGGAGCAGCAUUCCUUAAAUUCGCAGUGGUCACCAAGGAAUUGAGCGCGCUUAUGAAGACUCUGAUGCAAAACAUCAAUAACAUCGUAAUGUUUCCGUUGGAUUCGGUACUAAAAGGAGAUUUGAGAGGCGUAAAGGGCGAUCUCAAGAGACCGUUCGAAAAGGCGUGGAAGGACUACGAGGCAAAGUAUGCGAAAAUCGAGAAGGAGAAAAAGCAACAUGCCAAGGAGGCCGGCCUUAUUCGUACGGAGGUUACACCAGCCGAGAUUGCCGAUGAAAUGGAGAAGGAGAGGCGAUUAUUUCAAUUGCAAAUGUGCGAGUAUCUUAUAAAGGUGAAUGAAAUCAAGACAAAGAAAGGUAUCGAACUGUUGCAGCAUCUAGUCGAAUAUUAUCAUGCUCAGACCAACUAUUUUCAAGAUGGCCUAAAGACCAUAGAACAUUUUGGUUCUUACGUGGCCGAUCUGAGUGUUAAGCUGCAAAAGAUUCGACAAACUCAAGAUGAAGAACGAAGACGUUUGACGGAGUUAAGGAGUUUACUUAGGAGUUCAGGUUGUGAUAAAGAGCUAAAUGUAAAUGCAAGCGCAGGGUAUUCCUUGCAUCAACUUCAAGGUGAUAAGCAGCAUGGUGUAACACGUUCUGGACAUUUGUUGAAAAAAAGUGAAGGAAAGAUGAGGAGGGUUUGGCAGAAAAGAAGAUGCGCUGUACAAGCAGAGGGUUAUUUGGAUAUCUGUCAUGCCGAUGAGAAUAAGCCACCUACGAGAGUUAAUCUACUUACGUGCCAAAUAAAGCUGGUACCGGAUGAUAAAAGAGGCUUUGAUCUUAUAAGCUAUAAUCGUACGUACCACUUUCAAGCGGAAGACGAAGCAGAUCAACGUGCUUGGAUGUCAGUAUUGGUAAAUUGUAAAGAAAGAGCUUUGCUACGAGCAUUCGAUGCUAGUGGGAAAGCUGAAGCUGGCCAAGGAAAUCCUAGUUUAGUCGAAUUACAACAAGCAGUGAUUCGGUGUGUUAUGCGAUUACCUGGAAACGAACAAUGUUGUGACUGUUCCUCUCAAAACGAUGCUACCUGGUUAUCUACAAAUUUUGGUAUAAUCGUAUGUAUAGAAUGUAGUGGCAUUCAUCGAGAUUUAGGAGUACAUAUAUCAAGGAUACAGUCUUUAACUUUAGACAAUGUAGGAACUGCCCAAUUAUUAUUAGCACGGCAUAUGACUAAUCAAGCAUUUAAUGAAGUGAUGGAAGCUACAUUACAUCAUAAUCUUAAACCAACACCUACGUCAACGAUGGAAGAACGGUACGAAUUUAUAAGAGCCAAGUACGUUGAUAAAAGAUACGUGAUGAAUACUUGUGCGGACGAACGAGACCUCUUGUCAGAUUUAGAACAUGCUGUUAAUAAUCGUGACCUACAACAACUUUUACAAGUUUAUGCAGAGAACGUUGACUUGGCAGCACCUUUGCCCACCUCUGAUAUAGGUGAGACGGCUCUACAUUUAGCAAUCUUACGUGAGAUGGGCAAUAGUCUACAAAUCGUGGAUUUUCUGAUACAAAAUAUGCCAACCGGUGGUAUCGAUAGGACAACAGUCGAUGGUGAGACAGCGUUACAUCUUUCAGCAAGACACGAUAGAUCGGAAGCUAUGAAGUUACUUUUACGGGCUGGCGCUGACCCGAGUUACAGAAAUAAACAGGAUAAAACUCCGUUGGACAUUGCGCAGGAGAUGGGACAUCAUACCUGUAAAGAAUUACUUAGUCAUGCUUUACAAAGGCAGAAGACAUUAUUCGAUAACGUAAACAUCGAUUGGAACCUUUCUCACGACGAAGGUUCAACGGACUUCUCUGAUGACGAAACGAUCAUCGAAGACAGGAACGGUUGUCUAACGCCUGAGAAAAAGUCACGUAGCAGACCACCUUCGUAUGCUGGUGGUGGAGGCACAGGUUCUGGUGAUUCACCGGUGACAUUACGUAGUCGUAGCAGCACUUGUGAUAGUCUACAAAGUGGUUCCUCGCCAAGUUCCUCUACCAACAGACAACAAAUGCCACCGCCUCCUCCACCACAAACGAGAAAACCUGUUGCUGUACCCACACCGAUGACGCCAGAUAUUUCAAUAAAUAUCCAUGGAUCGUUGAAGAAACGUGUUGCACCGCCUCCCCCACCAUCAGGAAGCUCAAGUGGCAUUCCAUCUUCUCAUUAUGGUACACUACCUUCGUCAGCGUCAUUAGCAACAUCCACACAUAGCCGGACGACGAGUGAGCCAAUCUUAGCUGGACACACCUUACACACACUAUCGCAUACUUUAAACACACUUAACAAUCAACACCAUAAAAGAUCACCCAGUGGAGACUCUUCUACAGGGCAUGGAAUGGACAAGACCAAUAGUUCUACGCUUCAGAGACCACGUAAUCCACCACCACCUGCACCGUCCAGUGUUAGCACUUCCAGAUUGAGUAAUGGUCGUAGUAGCGAGUCUCUAAGUUCCAUGUGUUCGGAUCAUGGCCUUGGCAAUCCUGUUCCUCCUCCACGAAAGCGAAGGGACCGAUCCAGGCUAGAGAGCUACGCCGAGGAGCCUUCAUCUUUGCUCUCAAAUCUAAAUCUGCCAACGUCAUCGACCUUGAACGGUUUUCGACGAUGUCGAGCGCUAUACGAUUGCGAGGCUGAUAACGAGGACGAGUUAUCAUUCCGUGAGGGUGAGGUUAUAAUCGUAACGAACGAACAAACCGACGACGACAAUUGGAUGGAAGGUGCAUUGGAAAGAGCACCUGAAAGGAGAGGGAUGUUCCCGAUAAGCUUCGUUCACAUGCUGCAAGAUUAACAUUCGGUAAGCCUGAACUCGUUGGCAAGUGUCUCGAGUACGGCAAGUUCGGUAAGCAUCGCCAGCCUUGGAAGAAGAAAUUGGCUGAGAAAACAGAAGGAUUGAAGGAGACGAAGAAAAAGGAAUCGACGUAGAGAACGUGAAUCCUUAAUUUAUUAAAAAUAUUUUGUUUUAUUUUAUUUUAUUUUAUUUUAUUUUAUUUUAUUUUUUUUGGAGGUUAACGUGCAAAGAAAAAAAAGUUAUAAGUAAUCUUAGGUUGGCUCUUCGGGAGACCGUAUUAUUUUCUUUUUUUUUUUUUUUAAUUUUUGUUAAUUCCUUCGGAGUCGAACGGGAAUUGUUCCUUAUUUUUUUUUUUGUUUUGUUUUUAUUUCUUUUUCUUUUCUUUUUCUUCAUUUUAUUUUCGUUCCGUUCUGUUCCGUUCCGUUCCGUUCCGUUUCGUAUCGUGCAGAAUUAUGGAUGUUAACGUUCAACGUUUCGAACGACAAUCACGAAUCAACUUUUUUUAUUAAAAACAAGAAAAGAAAAAAAAGCAAAAAAAAGAUAAAAGAAAAUGAAAAAAGAAGAAAUGAAAGUGAUUUGGAAAAUUGGCAGGGAAAAUGUCGAAUCGUUUCUUCUUUUAAAUGUCAAAGAUGUUUGAUAAAGAGAUAUAUGGAUGGAUCGUGAUUACUCGAAACAAUUUUAAUGAAGCGAAUAUUGAUCGAGUAUUCGAACAGUAAGGAUGUUCCAUAAAAAAAAAAAUGAAAAGAAAGAAAAAUGAAAAAGAGAAAGAGAGAGAGAGAGAGAGAGAGAGAGAGAGAGAGAGAGAGAGAGAGAGAGAGAGAGAGAGAGAGAGAGAGAUAAAAGAAAAGAAAGAAAGAAAGUAAAAGAAGAAAAGAAAAGAAAUCAAAAAUCGAAGUAACCUAUCGGGGUAUGAAAUACACGAAAAGGAUAUUUCGAUGUGCUUAAUAAACGAAUCCGCUGAAAACGGAUAGUUGCUUGGUUCUAAGCCGUUACCAAAAUGUGAUAUCGUAUAUUUCAUUGUAAAUCGUUAGAGUACACACACAUACACGCUCGCACAUAUACAUACAAACAUACACACAUACACAGCGUACGCACAUACACAUACAUUAUAAAAGCGAAUACGUAUAUGAACAUAUGUUCAUUAAUCAUCACCAAAAGAGACGGGGAGAUUACGAUAAUUGAGUCAAACGUAAAUGAUCGUGACACAAGAAAACAUGAAAUGGCGAACAAAACAAUGCAAAGAGAAAAAAAAUUUCCAACUAUUUCGAUCUUUUUCGUAUGAAUAAAAACCAUAUUCACGACGUAUGUAUCGUUGUCAUCGUGAGGUCACGAAGAAGCCGAAGAAAAUCAAAUCUACACGAAUGAUAUGCGUAAUUAAGAAAAUGAGAUUAUCGUUGCUUCGUGACGUCACGAAGAAAAUCGAAUUUACACGAACGACGUGUAUAAAGAGAAAAAUAAAAAGUGAGGUUACCGUUAUUUUCGUGACGCCACGAAGAAACUGCAUCUGCAUAGACGAUGUAUGUAAAAAAUGAGGUUAUAUUUCUCGAUGUUACGUAUAUAUACCAACAAUAACAUUAACAACAAUAACACAAUGUUGUAUGUACUCCUAAUCUGGCAUACACACACAUAUACACAUACGUACAGGUAUGCAUAUAUAGAAAGAUAUUUGUUCCAUACUGCCAAUGAAAAAAAAAAAGGGGAAGAAAAAAUACAUUAAAUGCCAUAAAUGUGCUCGUGUGAAAUGGCACAAAAAGGGUAAAGAGAACAAAAGGGUAACGGAUGAUUACUGGAAUUCUAUAGAUGUGUACAUAUAUAUAUCUAUAUAUAUAUAUAUGCGUGUGUAUGUAGAUACUCACGUAAGUAUAUAUAAAAAAAUGAAGAUAAUAGGUCUACUAUUAUAAAAACUCCAUCCUGUUUAAGUAUAAAAACGAUAAAUUAAAAUAUUGCAUGGAUAUUACGAGUAUUGUAUUAAUAUAUAUAAAUACACACGCACACAUACAAACAUAUACAGAUACACAUAUACAAUCGACUUAAAGAUGACGUGUUACGAGUACGUGUAAAUUUUUUUAAUGCCAUAUUAUGUGCUAGUAAAACAGCUCUCAAUAAUGGAUUGUAUAUAUAUAUAUAUAUAAUAACACAAUAUAAUGUGUGUGUAUAUAUAUAUAUAUACACACAUAGAAAUAUUAUAUAUAUAGAGAAAGAUAUAUUGGUUAAAAGUCUUACGAGAUAAUAUUAGCAAAUUCUUUGACAUCGAUUUUCACGAGAUUAACUUUGGAAAAUCGAAGACGAAGAAUUCAAAAUCGAUUUUCUCGUUUUAGCUUAUUUUAAGAUUACGUCGCACGGCGUAGGAAGAAUGACGACGUAUGUUGAAAAUUCGAAUUUAUAGUAUUCUAUAUACAUGUGAAUAAAUACAUAACCAAAGAGAAACCAUGGAAAAAAGUUUAAAAACGGUGCGAGAAUCUUGCAAGAAAAAAAGAAGAAAAAACGUUUCGGAGAGUCGAUGCGGAAAUUCAAAUUUCGCGUCUUUUUUUUAUACGUUUCUUCUUAUCCGAUAUCGCGUUUGAAUUGUAUUCCUUUUUUUUAUGUCUUAUUAGCAUAUUUAAUUUAUAACGUAAAUACAUUGAACGCAUAUGAAAAUGAAAAUGAAAAUGAAGAAAAAAAAAAUAAUAAUAAUAAAAGAAAAAAAGAAAAGAAAAGAAAAUUUGUCUUUCACUUUUCACGGUUACGUUGUCUUUUGGCAUUUUGGAUUUUUACGUCGCAUAUUUUGUGUACGUGACACAAUAAAAAUUCACGUACGUAACAUGCCAUUGUUAGUUUGUCGGGAAAACCUUUAAACUAAGGGAUUAAUGUGUAGCACGCAUAUUUUUGUGUAUAUAUGUAUGUAUAGAGAAUGAUGGAGAGAUGUGUGAAUGUUCUUUUUGUGGGACUAAGAGAGAAAGAGAGAGAGUGAGAGAGAGAGAGAGAGAGAGAGAGAGAGAGAGAGAGAGAGAGAGAGAGAGAGAGAGAGAUAUGUAAAGGGAGAGAAAAUGUGAAAGAAUGAGAUAGAAAGAAAUAAUCGAUGUUUAUAAUUUAUGAUAUAUAUAUAUAUAUAUAUAUAUAUAUAUAUAUAUAUAAUAAAGAAAUUCACUUAAUUAUUAUAAUAGGAUUAAGUACACAGAUACAAUGUCUGUUAAUUAUGGCAAUUGGAAGGAGACUCAUUUCUCAUCUUUGGCAUUUCGAAAACACGCUCAUAUAGAAAAUAUUUACACAAACACAUGAAUUCUUAGACCAUAAGUAUUUAUUAUUAUUUUGUAGCGCCUUAUAAAUCGUGAAAAAUCGACGAUGCAUAAGGAAUAAAAGAAAGAAGGAGAAGAAGAAAAAGUAGAAACAGAGAGAGAAAGAGAGAGAGAGAGAGAGAGAGAGAGAGAGAGAGAGAGAGAACAAUAAAAAAUAAAAAGGAAGAAGAGAGGAGAAAAGAAUGUAGGGAGUAAAGAAGGAUUUUUCGAAUUAUUUCGUACGACAUUAUGAGAUAAGACUUUCAUUGUAAUUCGUAUGCGUAUUAGAUACGGGGAAAAAAUAAUAAUAAUAAAAAUACACGAAUCCCGCGAUAACAAUAGUUACUUACUGAUGUGUUGUCAAACGUCUGUAUAACGCAUCAGAACUUUAAUUUCUGGUCUUUGAAAAAGACAAGACUUUUAUUCGAUCGUCAUAAAAAAACAUAUUAUUAAUAUACCGAAAGAAUUCGUAUGCAUUAGUAUCAAAUGACGUCGAAUAUUUGCAGUAGGGAUGUAACGAAAAUCACUAUAAUCAUUUUUUCUUUGAACUAUUAAGAAAAAAAUCACGUGACUGAAAGCUAUUUAAAAAAUGAUUACGUGACUACAUUAUACCGUUUAUCGGUAACUUAUCAACCGAUGAUAAUUGACGAUACACUUUCUGUCGGUAAAGUAGAUAACUAUAUAUAAUAGAAUAUUCGUGAAAAUAAAUUUAUAAAGAUAGAUCGGUAAUAAAGGGAGAGAAAUAAUAAGCAUAGAGUUCUAAAAUUAAAAAAAAAUCUGUUACACAUCGUAUGAUUUCGAUAUAUUCUUGAAGUCGUGAAAUUGAAUCGGUAAAAUAUCAAAGUAUAUAUUCAACUAGUAAUUUGUAAUUAACCAUCACCGAUCUGCAGAUAUUUGGCCAAGCCAUAUAUAUAUAUAUAUAUGUGUGUAUAUAUAUAUAUAUAUAUAUAAAAUAAAAAAACAACUCACACGAAAGACAAUAUAUCGAUAUCCCACUUGUAAACUUCUUCACCAUUGAAAUUGUGCACAAUGUCUUUAAGUCGCGUGCGGAUUCAAAUGGAAGAAAAAUAAACGCUAUUUAGAAAGCUGCAAAAUCUUA